AUGCCCCUAUUUCGAGAUCCAGAUCGGCGGCGUCAUUAUCUAUGGUCACCCGACCUUGGCAAUGGCGAACAGCCGACCACAGGGUCCUCCCAGUCCCCGCUAAAUGAUCUCAAUCGCCAUGAGAGAGCUGCUCCAGAAAUGGCAACCAACUCUAUGCAUUCAACGGCGUUGGAUCCGCCCAAGUCGUGGGCGAAUGACCGGGAGGAGCUCAUACACCGCAUCAAAGAAUCUUCGCCUUGGAGACUUCAGCAUAUGUCCCCGGAUAGGCACAACAAUGAUUUAUUUAACACUCAAAUUUCCCCGGAGCAGUCACAGACAGCAGGAAGAGGGCAUGAAAGCCGUUCUCUUAGCCGAGAACAUCACACCAAAGAGACAGAGGAACUGGAUUCGCCGGCCGAUAUCCAGAGACCUCGAUCUGCAUUACACUCCGGUGAUUUCAGGGAAGGCGCCACAGAUCCCCAUGACUCAAACGCUCCUGGAUCUCCUUUUCCCGGGCCCAGUUCGGCUUCUCCCUUUGCUAAUUUAAGCUCCUCUCCUACUACUCCCUGGUUUGGAGCACCGAUUUUGCCACCCGAUUUGCGAAAGACACGCACAUCAACUGAACAUCGUCAAUCCGACGAUAUUUUGAAUGCUCGCGCUCGUGCGCCGUCAGUGGGUUCAUUCUCAUCAAGCUAUAUUCUGAAAGCUCCCACCAGUCCCUUGGUAUACCAAGCGAAUAAUACCGACUUGGACUUCUCGUCCCGUAUUGACCAUGGGGACGUUUCGGAGCCUUUGGAGAGAAAAAACCGUCGCCGUACUUUGCCACCAGAGACAUUUGGGAAUCUCCAAUUCUCCCUACCAAGCCAUCAAAUUCCCAGCCUUGGCAGUCCAUCUCCACCCAGACGGCAGCAGGAUAUCUUCACCAAUGAAACAUCUUCGCCUCGCCGGUCAUUGACCUCAGCAUAUAGUCUUCAACUCGCCCCCCCCCCGGGGGGCGGAUACCACCGUCGCGAGUAA